GCGCGAAACAACAGCUCCUCCUGAAGCAGCUGCUGGAGGGUUGAAAUAUUUCAUUCACCGAAGAAGGAAACAUGUUUUACUGUUCCGCAACCAGGCGUUACACCGGCAGCACACCGACCCACUCCCUCUCCUUCUAACCGGGAAAUAAACACAGAGCGGCGGCAGCAGGACUGAACUCCCCGCGGUGCGCACCAUCCAUGGUCCUCCUCUGGAUGCCUGUCUGAAAGGAGGGUAGGUGCUACUUCUCUGAGAAAACUGAGACGGCCCCGGAGUCGGAGGGGACGACAGGGAUCUAGGAGGCCUCCCUGACAGCAGGGGGCAGCAGCAGACAUGCAGGACUCAUCCUCUGACAACAAGAUGGCCAAGCAGGAACAGAACUCCAAGCACCAGGAUGACCACAGAGAGACCGAGGACACAUCUGAGAAGACCUCCCCAAAUAAGAACCUGAAGUCUCCUCAGAAAGGCUCAAAGCGCCUUAAAACCGCCACCUUCAAGGUGGCACUGCUGGAUUCUUCAGAGUAUGAGGGAGAAAUCGAGAAGCACUCCAAAGGACAGACCCUGAUGGACAUGGUGUGUGAGCACCUCAACUUGCUGGAGAAGGACUACUUCGGCCUGACCUUUGCUGACACAGAAAGCCAGAAGAACUGGUUGGACCCCUCCAAAGAUAUCAAGAAGCAGAUGCGCAACUCUCCAUGGCAGUUUGCCUUUGCAGUGAAGUUCUACCCCCCAGAUCCUUCCCAGCUCACAGAGGACAUUACCAGAUACUACCUGUGUCUGCAGCUGAGGGAUGACAUCCUGUCAGGCCGGCUGCCAUGCUCGUUCGUCACCCAUGCCCUCCUUGGCUCCUACGCCAUCCAGGCUGAGCUAGGUGACUACGACCUGGACGACCACGGCUCCGACUACGUUGGUGACUUCCGCUUUGCCCCCAACCAGACCCGGGAGCUGGAGGAGAGGGUGAUGGACCUCCACCGAACCUACAAGGGGAUGACGCCCGCAGAGGCUGAAAUGAACUUCUUGGAGAAUGCGAAGAAGCUGUCCAUGUAUGGGGUGGACCUCCAUCAUGCUAAAGAUUCGGAAGGGAUCGAAAUAAUGCUGGGGGUCUGUGCCAACGGUCUGCUGAUUUACCGAGACAGACUGAGGAUCAACCGCUUCGCCUGGCCGAAGAUUCUCAAGAUUUCUUACAAAAGGAGCAACUUCUACAUUAAAAUAAGACCAGGGGAGUAUGAGCAGUUUGAAAGCACCAUUGGGUUUAAGCUUCCGAAUCACAGAGCCGCCAAGAGACUGUGGAAGGUCUGCAUCGAGCACCACACCUUCUUCCGCCUGGUUUCUCCAGAGCCCCCUCCUAAAGGCUUCUUGGUGAUGGGCUCCAAGUUUCGGUACAGUGGAAGGACGCAGGCUCAGACCAGACAGGCCAGCGCCCUCAUUGACCGGCCGGCGCCUCACUUUGAGCGCUCCGCCAGCAGGAGGUACCUGCUGUCCAGGAGCUUGGAUGGAGCAGAGUUCUCCCGGCCUGUGUCGUCCAUGUGCGAGAACCACGACGGUCUGUCCCGCCGCAGCGCCAGCGAGCAGCGGCGCCUCCGCAGCCCCUCGGUGGACGAGCAGGAGCAGGAGGCGGACCUGGAGCCCAGUCUGGAUCAGGACGAGGACGACAGGGACCCAGAUCAGAGCCAGGACAUGGAGCAGGACAAGGACCAGGACGGCAACACCACCCCGAGCAGAAAGAGGGAAAUCAGGGAGGAGGCUGGCUCCCCAGCUGACAGUAAACAGGAGCUCUCUCAGUUGGACCAGGAGACCACUCCUCGGCACAAAAAGGAGUUUCUUGAUAAAUCUCAGGACGUCUUGCUGAAGCACCAGGCCAGCAUCAACGAGCUGAAGAGAGCCCUGAGGGAACCCAACAGCAAGCUGAUGGCCAGAGAGAAGCGUCUCUCUGCGACGUCUCCGACGGGAACGCCAGAGAAGAAGGCUUUGGGGGGCCGUUCAGUGGGAAAAGACGCUGUUAACAGUCCUUCUGUUGAGGGCUUCGUCCAGAAGGCUCUGGUCACUUCACCUGAGGGCUCUGAGGAGUGGGUAUUGAUUGAAAAACAGCAACCUUAUCAACCAGACCAUGACUGGAGGGCAGAAGAAAAGAAUAAAUCUCACAUAUCCGAUUCCUCGUGGGACAAAAAGGAGCUGGAAAAGGAGAUAGACAUUACCAAAAUGAUACAUAAAGAGGAAGCAGGGUAUAUCAGAAAAGAAGUGAAAAGCCAUAUUGACGAAUUUCCCUCAGCAAGAACACCCAGAGAGGCAGCUGUAUGCUCUGAGACUUGGCCUUCUGCGAUUCAAUUACCCGAGAAUGUAGACUGGUUACAAGACAAAUCUCAAAGUAAACCCUCUCAAGCCUCAGGCCCUGAGGCAAACAGUGAUGCGGCUCCAGGCUCACGCCAAAUAAAGGAUAAGAUGGGCUCUAAACUGAGAAAAAAAGGCCGGCCCCAGAGCCUGAAUGUGGGAAUUCCUGCAGAGCUCAACAGGAAGUCUGGGAGCGAUUCCUCCGGAGAGGACAACGAAGACUCCGACUCGGACAACACGUCAGAAAAAACAUCUAAAAGAGGAGAUCAGAGUGAUGCCUCCCCAGUAAUCAUGAGGAAAGACAAUCAGGGACUAACAAAGGAUCAGUUUGUUGGUGUAUGCAAAGACAACAGGAAAGAGGAAUUUGGAGAGGUCAAAGAGGUUUCCAGUCAGGUGAAGCAAAAGGUCAACCAGAUGGGAAUGGCAACCAUUGAUUUAGGCAUGUUAAAUGGACCAGGGAAAAUAGAACAUGAUAGUUCUUUACCUAGUGGCAAAGUAGAACAUGUGGUGAAGGUACGAGGAAAGGGCCUCAUCGACAACAAAGAGCUAGCGGAGGUAAAACUUCGACAAGUCCGAACGCACGAAAGGAAGGUCAGCAGCUCCGGUGGUGAAGACGUUGAAGGUUUCUUGGGUGACAGAAGCCAGAGGACGUCUCUCCACCGGCUGUCAGGCAGCAGUUACCAGUCAGAGAUCACCAGGAUUGUCCCCCUGAAGCCAGAGCGCUCAAAGAGUGUCGCAUGUAAGGACGAAAGGGACCAACUGGGACAGGAAGAGUUCACGCGGCUUGUCAAACGAGAAUAUCGCUGGUCGGUCGGUUCUCCGGAGGGAUCCUCUGACCUCCACUGGACUGACAUCGCUGGCUUCCACCAAGCCUUCCCCGGAGACCCGGAGGGUUUUGCCAAAAUGGAAAAUCUUGACGAAGGCUUUCAAGCCAGUAGAGGCUCUAUGGAGAACCAGCAGUUUAAUUUAAAGGGUUCAGCGCUUCCAAAAGUUGCUCCGCCAGCUCCGCCAGUGAAAACGCAGAAAGCCAAGGAAUCCGGACUAAUUCUGAGGAAUAGCAGAAAUGCCGGCAGGGAGCAGAGCCUGGAUGCAGCCAAGAAGAGACACUCGGAGCCUGUCUCUACUCCCGCCAUAUAUGAAGAGCCAUUUGGUGACCUAAAGAAAGAGUCCGGGGAGAGGAGGCCUCAGCCGGGCCUCGCCUCGGAGGAGGAGCAGGAGCGGGACACGGUGGCCUCUAUGAGGGACACCCAGCUGGGCAUCGAGCGAAAAUGCUCCAGCAUGACGGUCAGCUCCACGUCCAGCCUGGAGGCAGAGGUGGACUUCACUGUCAUCACAGACCUCCAUUCUGGGACGGAGGACUUUUCAAAGGGUGGGUCUGAGUUCGGGGAGCGGGAGCAGCAGCCGGAGGUCGGACGGGAGGACUUUGAGGAGACCUCCAGGUUCUACUCGGCCCGCUUAAUGGGCUCCAGGGAUAAGUUCCCGAUGGAGGAGAAGCUUCCUGAGGAGGGCACCCAUGAGCCUCCAGUGGCCAGGAAAGACGCCAGUGCUGUGAGUGUGGCCCACAAGCUAAAGCGGACCGACACCAACGGAUCCGAGGUUCACCAAAACAUCACAGAUGUUUCACCACAAAGCCCUGCAGCUGUCAGCUCCCAGGAAACUCCUGCUGCUCCCAAAGAAAAUGGCUCCCCUGUAAAAGCCAGUCCGCAAGGGAGGGAGUCUGUUGUGUCCCCUCUGACCAUCACGGCUGAAAGCAUCACAUCAGCAACCACGACACAAGUUACCAAGACUGUGAAAGGAGGCUACUCAGAGACCAGAAUUGAGAAGAGGAUCAUAAUCACAGGAGACGACGAUGUGGACCAGCAUCAGGCGCUCGCCAUGGCGAUCCAGGAGGCCAAGCAGCAGCAUCCCGACAUGCUGGUGACAAAAGCAGUGGUCAUCAGGGAAACAGAGUCUCCCACAGAGGAGCAGCGGAGAGCAGAGUCCUGAUCCCAGGACAUGAUGGCCUCUGAGAUGGAGGGUGAGGGGGGGGGG